AAGCCAGCCGUGACAUCACUUUCCAGAAUUCCCCCUCCAGGAGCGUCUCAUCGACGGAAGCCAGAGCGACUCAGGAGAGCGAAACCAGAGAAAUAAAGAGAGGAGAGUGCCGCUGUCAGCCGUCCACACGUGUUUCAGUCUGUUUCAGCCACCCACACAUUAAAGAUGUCUCUGUAUCCAUCUCUUGAGGACUUGAAGGUCGACAAGGUCAUUAAGGCCCAGGCCCAGUUUGCUCAGACCACCACCCCCAUGCCGGCCAUCACUGAGGGAACCUACCAGCCUCAGCUUGCUACUCUUGGGAUGCCAGGAUCAGCCUUGUACCCGAAUCUGGAGGAGCUGGGCGACUACAUGGGCCUGGCCCUCAACAGUGAUGAAGUCCACAGGAACCUGGCCCUCAUGCCUGUGGCUGACAAUCAAGUAGCUGUGCCUUCCAGCUCAGGUGUUGGGGGCAUGGUGCGGCCCGUGACAGGGGCAGACGUUGGCAUCAUGCGGGCAGAGAUCCGCCCGGGGCUGCGGGAGAUUAUACUCUGUAAGGACCAGGAUAACAAGAUGGGACUCCGGCUCCGCUCCAUCGACAACGGAGUGUUUAUCCAGCUGGUGCAGGCUAAUUCCCCUGCGGCCCUGGCCGGUCUGCGUUUUGGGGACCAGGUCCUUCAGGUCAACGGUCAGAACUGUGCCGGCUGGAGCGUAGACAAAGCCCACAAGGCCCUGAAGGCUGCAGCUGAGACACGCAUCGAGCUUGUGGUCAGGGACAGGCCAUUUCAGCGCACUGUCACCAUGCAAAAAGACAGCUCAGGUCACGUGGGCUUCAUCUACAAGUCUGGUAAAAUCACCUCAUUGGUCAAGGAUGGCUCUGCUGCCCGCAACGGUCUGCUUACCGAGCAUUUCAUCUGUGAAAUCAAUGGACAGAACAUUAUCGGACUCAAGGAUUCUCAGAUCAAGGACAUUCUGACCACCUCUCCGACCACCAUGACCAUCACCAUCAUGCCCAAGUUCAUCUAUGAACACAUGAUUAAGAGGAUGUCCACUGGUCUCCUGCGGUCAUCCAUGGAUCACUCUGUCCCAGAGGUGUGAGAACCAGGAGGACCAGUGUAAACUGUCAAGAUAUCUACUAUACAGAUCUCUCUCUCUCUCUCUUUCUCUGUUCUUUAUUCAUAUCUACCUGUCUCUCUCCGUCUCACCCCAAAUCACCUCCUGCAUCAGAAUCGCAUCACCGUUUCUCAUCCUUAACAUCAUAAAAAUGCCUUUUUUUCUAUUCAGUUGUUCACUCAAUUAUUUUACCUUUUCAACAUUCCCUUCUCCUCUGUUGACAUUUUUACUUUUUAUAUGUAUUAUCCUUGUAGUCUGAGUUAUUUUUCCAUUAUUUUGUAUUUGAGAUGGAGUACAAAACAAUUUUUGAAGCCAUGCAUACGAUCAUGAGUCCAGAGCUUCCUCCUCAGCGUCGAGAUGAAUCACUGGCAAAUUAUGUUUUUCACCUUGUCAAAAUGCUGUAGAAGCCAGUGGUCAGUCGUUAAAAGCUAAAGAACCACAAAGAUCACGGCUGCACUUUCUGUCCUAAAAUUGACCCUUCAAUGUGUAUAGGUUACAUCUAAUCAUGGCUGAACUAACACCCGGGGCCUCAUGUGAAAACGUUGGCUGACUUUGUAACAGACCCCAGUGUAUGGUUGUUUUUACUUGCCAGUAAAACUAAUAGAUUUUAACAAAUUUGUCGAUUUUAGUUAAAACCAUAUAAUGGUGAAUAUUAGUGUUGAUUUUCGGCACCAAGAUCAUGUUUUGAUUAUUUUGUUCCUUCUACUUGACACCUAACAUUUAUAGACCCUAGAUUCUAACAUGUACAGUAAGUGAGAGAUACAAUGUGGGAAUUCCCAGCUCCUCAAUGAGAUGGCGAUGAAUCAUUGCACCACACUUCCUGUCUCUGUGGGCGAACGUUACGAUGAGACUCUGAUGUGUUCGGCUGGUCGGUACUGGGAACAGCGUGUGCACAUUUCAGGGGAAAGUGCAGGGAGAUGGGCAACAGUACAUGUUUGUUGUCAUAUGCAGCUUGGACUCGGCCCUGUCCAUAAACACACGAGCAGCACAGUCAGACCAGAUCCUGGUGCAGUGUGUUGGUGUUCGUCUUGUGUUACUUUCAAGGGAGUCUUUGGUAUUUGUUUGGACAGGGUCCGCGCUGGGCAGACCCACUAAGUGCACUUUCCACUACCUUUUAAGAGGUUGAUUUUCCUGUAUCCAUUUCAAGUUCAAUGGUCGUGUUCAUGGUGCCUCAUGUUAAUGAGAGAAUUCAUGAAAACAAACUUGUUAACUGCAGAAAAAAUAUUAUGCUGAAAAAUCAUCUGCUCAGUUUAAAUUCCUUCCUCUGCUGAUGAGCACAGUGAGACUGAGCAGAGCUCGCGGGGAUUUCUACUUGUUAUAUAUAGAGUCGCUCCUUUUAAUGCUGUUCAUGUUCGGAUGCAUGCAUUUCCUUUAAUUUUCUAGGUAUGUAAUCAGAUAAACAUUACUGUCAUUCUGUAAAAAAAAAAGUUUAUAUACGAAUGUAACCAAGAUAAUAUUGUAAAACAAAUAAAAACUCCUUCUGUUCACAUUAA